UGCCAGAGAGGUGGCUCUCUCGUCCGCUCCUCAGUCACACUCCGCGCACUCACACACUUGGAAGCGCCUCCCCACGUCCCUCCCCUGCCCUUCUCUCGCUCUGCUCUUCUCUCGCUCACCACAAAUAGUCGCCGACCGACUGCCAAUCCGCCUCUCUCUCCCUCUCUCCACAACAUGACUGACUGGGAAGCGGUGGCUCAGGCAGAGCAGCUCUGCGGGCGCGGGCAGGAGGAGCAGGAGGAUUAUUAAAUAACGCAGCUCCACUCUGUACUACUGGGAGUGGAGAGAAGGAGCCCAACAUCCGAGAAGGGGAGGGAGGGCGGAGGAGGGGGACCGGGAAGGACAGUCCCGUGCCCCGAAGACAUAAAUCCCCGAGUGCCCGGGAGGAGCCUAACAAGCGGCGCGGAGCCCUCAAGAAUUAGAAGCAGUUCUGCUUUCCAUCCCAUCCCCACCCCCUUUCUCGUGGGACCUUGAAUCUGAGAUGAAGGAAGUCAGAAAAUCACUUGCCAUUUUACAGGUUACUAAGUUAGCUAUCGCAGCACAAGCCUUGGAGUCCCAAUGGGGGACUCUGGAUCAAGACGAUCUACUCUGGUCUCCCGGUUGCCAAUUUUCAGAAGGAGUAUUAGCAGAAAACACGAUUCCCUUCCUUCUUCACCCUCCUCCAGUAAUACGGUCGGUGUCCACAGUUCCUCUCCUUCCAGCACUAACUCAAGCUCAGGUAGUACAGGUAAACGCAGAAGCCUCUUCCGUACUCCGUCCAUCAGCUUUCAUCAUAAGAAGGGGAGUGAACCUAAGCAAGAACCUACCAACCAGAACCUUAGUAUUUCAAAUGGUGCUCAACCUGGUCAGAGCAGUAUGCAAAAACUGAGUUUGGAAGAACAUACUAAAGCCAGGGGAAGACAUUCUGUUGGUUUUAGCACUUCCCGAAAUAAGAAGAUAACAAGAUCUUUGACAGAGGAUUUUGAAAGGGAAAAGGAACACUCGACUAACAAGAAUGUCUUCAUAAAUUGCCUAAGUUCUGGGAAAAGUGAGGGGGAUGAUUCUGGGUUCACAGAAGAACAGACUCGCCGUUCUGUUAAGCAGUCAACAAAGAAGCUUCUUACUAAAUCUUUCUCAUCUCACUAUAAAUUUUCUAAGCCAGUUCCACAGAGCCAAUCUAUUUCAUUGGUACAACAAUCUGAAUUCUCAUUGGAAAUUACACAGUACCAAGAACGGGAACCUGUAUUAAUAAGAGCUUCUCCAACUUGUUCUGUGGAUGUAACAGAACGGGCAGGUAGCUCUUUACAAUCUCCAUUGCUUUCUGCUGAUCUUACUACAGCUCAGACACCUUCAGAGUUCUUAGCCUUGACUGAAGAUUCUGUGUCUGAAGCGGAUGCAUUUCCUAAAAGUGGAAGUAUGGCAUCCCACUGUGACAACCUUGGCCACAAUGAUUCUACCUCUCAGAUUUCUCCCAAUCCUGCUGCUGUUACAAAGACCACAAGAGACCUUAGGGGAACCGUUCCCUGUGCAAUUGUGUCUCCUGGGAAAUACAGAUUAGAAGGUCGAUGUAGCACUGAAUCUAAUUCUUUCCCGGAAACCUCUGCUGCUAAUCAGAAGGAAGUGUUAUUGCAAAUCACUGAACUACCUGUUAUGAAUGGGAGUGACUCAGAGACUCACCUCUCAACUGAUACAAGAGAAGAGCAUAUGGUAAUACAAAAUGGUGAGACGAUGUUGGCAACAAGCUCCCCAAGGAAAUUUGGAUUUUAUGAGCACCAUAAAGCAAUAGCUGAACGUGUGAAAGGGAUCCAUCCUAUUUCAGAUUCAAGGAUAAUACCCUCUUCUGGUGAUCAUCAUGUUUUAAACAAAACUUCAUAUGGAUAUGAUGCAAAUCCUGCCAAAGUUCUUGCCAGUAGCCUCAGUCCAUACCGUGAAGGAAGAUUUAUAGAGAGGCGACUGCGAUCCUCAUCAGAAGGGACUGCAGGGAGUAGCAGGAUGAUUUUGAAACCAAAAGAUGGAAAUGUAGAAGAAGUUAAUAGUCUAAGGAAGCAAAGAGCAAGUUCAUCAUCUUCAAAAAUGAACAGCAUGGAUGUUUUGAAUAAUUUGGGCUCUUGUGAACUGGAUGAAGAUGAUCUAAUGCUUGAUUUGGAAUUUUUAGAGGAACAGAAUCUUCAUCCUUCAGUUUGCCGGGAGGAUUCAUACCAUUCUGUGGUUUCAUGUGCUGCUGUAGUUCUCACUCCUAUGGAACCCACAAUAGAGGUGAAGAAAAGAGAAGAACUCAAGUUUCGUGAACCUUCAAAACAGAACCUUUCCCUGAAAUUAGCGAAAGAUGUUGAUCAGGAAGCCAGGUGUUCACAUAUCAGGGGAGUGCCUAGCAGUCCAUCUGCAGAUUGGCCCCUGCCAAGUGUUGAAGAAAAUGGAGGCAUAGAUUCUCUGCCAUUCAGACUGAUGUUACAGGACUGCACAGCCGUCAAGACAUUAUUAUUAAAGAUGAAGAGAGUUCUUCAAGAGAGUACAGAUAUGAGCCCAGCAAGUAGCACCACUUCACUUCCAGUUAGUCCUCUUGCUGAAGAGCCUUUGCCUUUCAAGGAUAUAAUGAAAGAUGAAUGCUCAAUGCUGAAGCUGCAGCUGAAGGAGAAGGAUGAACUAAUUUCCCAGCUUCAGGAAGAACUGGAAAAAGUUCAGCACUUACAGAAGGCGUUUGCUUCGAGAGUAGAUAAAUCCACACAAACUGAACUUCUAGGCUAUGAUGUUUUGAACUUGAAAAGAUUGGAGUCAGUACAAGGAGGGAGAGAGGCUACAUAUCGAAAUCGAAUUGUGAGCCAAAAUCUCAGCACAAGGGACAGAAAAAUAAUGCAUACUCCCACCGAGGACCAUUUUAGAUGCCCAGCAGCGGACCAGACAAGCCCCUACAAAAGCAAGGCCUGCCAACUCCCCAGUUUAUGUCUAAGCAGUUUUUUGAAGGACAAAGAACUAGUCGAAGUUAUCAAACACUCAAGAGGAACUUAUGAAACCCUCACAUCAGAAGUCACCCAGAAUUUACGGGCCACCGUAGGGCAGAACUCUGUGAAGCCAACAGCUAAGACAGAAGGGCUCGCCACGCUCUCGGAGAAACCAAAGGACCAAGCGGCUGCCGCCCGGCAGCAUUCAACCUUUACAGGAAGGUUUGGACAGCCGCCGAGAGGGCCAAUCUCUUUACACAUGUACAGUAGGAAGAAUGUUUUCCUCCAUCACAAUUUACACUCAGCUGAGCUGCAGACUCUGGGCCAGCAGGACGGGUCAUGAAAUCACCCUAUUCCUGUCUCUGGGUAGGAUAAGAUGGUUAGUGUUUCUCGUGCAUAGCUCAUGUUUAAAUUUUCAUGUAUUUCUUAUUACUUUUUAGUUUUAGUUAUAAACAAAGAAUUUUACUUUUCUUUUUUUUUUUUAGAAUGAGGGUUCAAGCAUGUUAAUUGAAUUAGGUUUAAUAGCUUUGGAGACUUUAUUAUCUAUAUGUAAAAUAAAUGAAACCAUCUCGCUGUUUUAUACAGGCCAUAAAAUUUAUCUUUUAUCUUCAUCAGUCACUGAUAUGCAUUGAAGUUUCAGAAGGUAAUAUCAAAUAGCACUCUGUUCACUUAAUGGUGUUACUGUGAAAAUAGAUGUGAGGAAUAAAUAGAUAAAGGAACUGUGAGAAAUUUUAAAUUACAUAGUUAAUAGAAAGAGAAAAGGAGGGAUUUUAAAGUGUUAUAUUUGGUAGUGUAUUUAUUUAAGAAUGAAGCUUACUUGCAUGUAACCCAGAGAUAACGUUUGUCUCUCUAUUACAUACAGUCAAGCUUAUCUUGCCAUACGAUUAAGGGGGAAAUAGUAUUUCUUUUAUCCUCUAAAUGUUUAGUUCAUACUAGUUCACAAAGGAUUUCAGACUGAGUAAUUGCUAGCCAAAUAGAGGAUGACAGUUCUGAUCUUCGAAAAAAUUUGCUUUUAGAUUUUGCUAUUGAUGUUGAAGUACUAUGACAUAAGAUACUGAGGUGGGAAUGUUGGCUAAAUUUUGUCAAAUGAUGCAGAAAGCAUGACAUGCUACACUCUUUGAGUCACUGUCUUGGUUCUAUCACCUUAGUUUUUUACAAUGUGAGGAAAGGAAUACUCUAAGAAAAUUAUUUUACUUCACCUUCCUUGUAUUAGUGUAUUUUUCACUUAAUUUUUAAUCUGUGUCCAGUUUUGCUUUAUAUACAUUAACCCAUAUCAAGGCCCACAUGAUGAAUUGAGGAAUAGAAAGUCAGUUUCUUGGCAGCCCAGUUUACACUAUUUUGAAUAUUCAGUCAUCUAGAUUUACAGGAAAAAGUAAAAUAUAUGCAAACUUUGGUGAUUUGAUCUUAGAAAUAAAUCUCUAACAGGAAUACUGAACUCAUUUGAUGGCAAAUAUGUCUCUUUAACAAACAAGGUGUAAUGUUUUAUAUGCAGCUGCACAUGAGAUAAAUAAUUCCUUUAUGUUUAAUUAAUAGAGCUAUAUAAAUAAAUUAAUAAAUAAUUUUUAAAUGACCAAUAGGAAUCAGGGCAGCAGUUUUCUUACACAAAGCUAAAAGCUAAUUACUGAAUCCAUAGUAGGCAUAGUUUAUGUAAAUUGAAAUUGUCAUACCUACUGCAUGAUCUGACUCCUUUGCAUUCUAACAGAUAGAAUUUAUGAAAUGAAUAAAGGGAAACUGGGAUAGCCAUUUUAGCAUGGCAGCUGACUAACCUGCUAAAAUUAAAGCUAUGCUGAAAUGCUUCUCCUAAAGCAAAAGUGUAUUUGAGCUCUGUGCUUUGGGGAAAAGGCAUUAGAUACCCCCCUGCUAGCUUUAACUAUUAAAUUCUGACCACUUUUCAAACUUUGAUUAGAAUUGAUAAGAGUAAAGAGUUUAGUGGAUACACUGUACUUAUAAUUUUGGUUUUCCGAAGGAGAACACAUGUGCAUCUAAGACAAAUGUUUGCCAAAUGUUUUCUUUCUUUGUGUAUUUGUAAUUCUGCCAAAAGAGAAUAAUGCACACUGCAAUUUGCUUGGCUUAAUGACACCGCAAUCUAAAAUUCCCACUAUACUUUACACGUUAUAAUAAUUCAUUCAGAUAGGCAUUUUGGGCUGAACGGUAUUUAUGAAAUGAUAGAAAAAUUAUGAUUAUUAAUUGUGGAAUUCAGCUUCAUUUGUCCUGAAAGUUGGUGUGUGUUACUUGAGUAUUUGAAGUCUGUAAAUAAAUUAGCACGGUAAAAUAAUCAAGGAUUUUUUCCCAGGAUAUGGAAGAACAAUGUAUCACAAAUAAUGUUUUUGAUUUGGACUUUUGGAGUUUAUAGUUUUGCUUUCCUGGAAGAUAGACUUUUGAAUUAUACUUUGUAAAAAAAAUAAUCUAUUUAAGAAAAUCUGUCAUUUAAUAGACAUUUUAAGAGAUGUUUUAAAUGCUAGUAUUUUCUUGAAAAACCUUUUUUAAAGCUGAAACAUUCAAAAAGAAAACUUGGAUUAAACAGUUCAAUUUUAAAAGGAAGGAUAUUUUUUGGAAAUAUCAUCUUAAAGCUGUUUUGUAUUAGUAUUUUCAGCAUUGUUAUAAUAUUAUUUGUAAUACUAAGUGUAACUCAGGCCUGGAGAAGUUGUAAGCCCACUAUUGCUAAUGUACAUCAGUAACUGUAAAACAGGGGAUCUUUGUAAGUUUCUCUUGUGUAUAUAGAGUACUCACAUGGGCAUUCUUUCAACAAAUUGAUUUCUUUGUACUAAAAUCUCUAGUUUUCUAAGACAGUUCCAUGUAUAAAAAUGAUUUAUACAUUUCUCCAAGGCAGUACAUAUCCAAAGACAUGACACCAGGGGGAAAAAGUGCUUGUUUUUCUGACGGAAGCAGUUGUCUUUUCUUUCCCUUUCUUCUUCUGUGCAUGUGUAUGUGUAGCUAAGCCUAAGUAACUCUGUAAAAUUUCUGCUGCAGAUUUUCUCCUCUGAAUUUAGAAUGUGUUUUAAAGGACGCUUAAGAAGAGAUAGUCCUUGAGAAAAAGCUGUUUCCACCUGAAAUAAACUGUCUUCGUUUUUUAAA